GCUCGAACGCGGCGUUGGUUUGGUUCGUGUGACCUUUUCCGGCGGUAUCAAUGGAAGCUACGCGUACUUCCAAUCGGAGUUUACCGAUACGGGUGGAGAACCCCUUCUCCCUCAAGGUUGCGCAGGUCUUCACGGGGUUCGGCAUAGGCUGCGGGGUCGGCAUCGGCAUCGGGCGACCCAUAUAUCUAGGUGCAAUACCAGCAGUUCAGCAAGUCUUGACUGCUGCUAGAGGUGCCACUGAUGCUUUUUCUGGUGUUGGCAGACAUGUUAAUGGUUCUCUGAAGAAAUUGGGAUUGAAGAACAUCGAAGUUGGUAUCGGAUGUGGGGUGGGUAUAGGCCAUGGUUUUGGUGUAGGAAUUGCCUUGAAGCCUGGUGUGGUUAACCGGAUCCAGAAUUGUUUUGGGGAAGUCAUGGGGAAGAUCAUGAUGAAUCUAGGAAGUAUACCUGGCUUAUCUUCUGUCCAAGGUAUCAUCCCAAGUCCUGGUCAAAACAGCAUCAAUCUGCUAAAUGGAACUCCUGUUGGAAAUGCACAAGUCAGCACCCUUAGAUAUUCAACGCAUGAUGAAAGACCUGCUGAAGAAGCUACUAAUAUUUCUCACGCAUCAAAAGCAACACUAUCAGAAAAGUCAGUUACAAAUCGAACUGAAAAAGUUAUCAACAAUUUCAUGCAGGAUCCUCUUUUCAAGGAUGCUGAGGUCAAACUUAGUGAAGUGGCUGGAGAUUUGCGCUUAGAAAAUAAUGUACUUCAAAUGCUGCUGAAGCACCAGCAAGUUAUCGAAGAAUUGAUCGAAGAGAACCAGAUCCUACGACAAAUACUUGCGGAGGACUUUAAAGUUCCAUUGUCCAAGCUUCAAGCCAAGAAAGACAAUAGAAGAAAAGCUUAUUACCCAUGUUCUGACUGUUUCGAGUGCCGUAGAAGAAGAAGAUCAGCAAGAUAACAUUCACCACACUGUCGUAAUGUCAGCAUGCAUCUGUUACCCAUUCUGGUGUCAUGGUCCCGCCAGUCUCAAGUUGUUUUGCUGUAGGCUGUUCCGAUCAUCAUAAGCCAGAAAGAUGUGCAUUAAUUACUUAGAUUCAUCAGGUUUUGACUAGUUAUGGCUGAAUUGAGUGACAGUAACAAGUCAUCAAAAAUAUGCAACGGCUUGCUGUUUCACAUAGACCUGUUGAAAACGAGUGCCACUUUCUAUGGUCAGGGUCAUGAGAAUAACAUGUUUAAAGAUUGCAUUAUAAUGAUGGACACAUCUCAUCUCAUGACUUUUUUUUGGAAAGGGGAAGAUUUGUGGACUGGGUGAGGUCCACAGUCACAUUGAUAGGUAAGUGCUUUGUGAUUAUUCGAAGUAUGGUUUGGAUGUAUACCUGGAAGCUUUCAGGAAUGAUCAAAGCAGGUACUGCUUCAGACAUUGUAACUCUGCAACUUCAUACAUUGCAGGUACUGCAAGCAGAAUGGCCAAGCAGUUGCUGCCACCUCAAAGUGAGCUGAUCAGGUAAAUUGUGCAAGCCUUAAAACUUAACAAGAGUGUUCUCCUAUCAUGCAUCAAAGAACCACUUUCUGCUUGGCUUUCAAGUUAAUGGAUCAGCAUGGGCGUCUACGUUAUGUGAUGUUCGAUACAACAUCACCUGUCUGUCCUCUGAUCCAAUACGAUCUUACCUGUUUAUCAUUUAUGACCUGAUUUGUGUUGUUUGUUCUUUUUCUUGGGAAAAUAAAAUCCCCGGAAUCAUGGCUACAUAUAAUCCCAUUUUGUCCCACUGGCUGCAGAAAUUGUGUGUGCCAACCUGAAUACCAAUCACAUUAUGAACUGCGUCCACUGUUUUCUUGGAAGCUUUGGCAUGUGCUAUCAUCCAGCAAGCCCGGCAGACGCAAUAUAUUAUUGGUGCAUGGCAAUGUGCAACCAAAGCUUUUCAAAGGCCCCACAUCGAGGAUGGUGGAGAGUCACAUGCAGAUUUGUUUCCUGCAGAAUGAAUUAUGGAAGGAGAGGGGAGCCACCCCACCUCUUUGUAUCAUUCAUACUUCUUUUUGUUUUCUUUCUUUUCAAAUGACAAUUUUGAUUCCUGAUGAUAUAUGACAGUCUCUACUAGCUAAGUUGGUUAGCACUCUUUCAAAAUUAUUGAGUGAGGUUUUGAAA